AUGGCUGGAGCAACUCAUCCUGUCACCCAAACACAAAUUAAUGUUCCAAUCCUUAAUGAAGAUAACCACAAAGAGUGGAAAGAUGCUAUUCUCUUGCAAUUAAGAUUAUUAGAGUUGGAUUACGCUGUUCUCAAUGAGGAACCCCCUGAGGUUACUGAAGAAAGCACUGGCGAAGCCAAGCAGCUUCGCGCACAAUGGGAGAAAUCCAAUGGAUUAUGUGUGCUCUUCAUUAAGUCAAGAAUUUCCAAAAAAAUUCGUUUUUGCUUUGAGGACAUUAAGAAAGCGAAACCCUUGCUCAAAGCUAUCGAUGAUAACUUCAUUGAAUCAAAGAAAGUUUUGGCAAUGACUCUAAUCAUGAAGUUGAGAAAUUUGCGUCUUUCCACUGUCAAGGGAACGCGUGAACACAUUAUGCAACUCAGGGAUAUUGCGGCUCAAUUAAAGGAGUUGGAAAUCAUUCUACCAGAUGAUUAUUUGGUGCUUUUUGCACUUGAUACCCUCCCUCAGGAGUACAAUCCUUUUAAGAUUUCCUACAUCACACAUAAAGAGGACUGGUCUAUCAAUGAGUUGAUAACCAUGUGUGCAAUGGAGGAACAAAGGCUUGUGGCUAAGCUUGGUGCUCCUUUAGUUCUGCCUGCAGAUAUACCACCUACCGUUCAGAUUCCACAAGCUGUUGAGGAUCAACCUUUGGAAGAACCAGCGCUCCUUCAGGCGCAGCUUGUUCGCCAGAGAUUUGGCCAUAUAAAGCGACUCGAGCUCAGACCAUAA